GUAUGACAAGAUGGUAUGCUGGUGCGAGACUGGCGAGAAGGAAAAGACGGCAGCCAUAGCGGCCGCGGAAGUGAAGAUCACGGACCUCGAGUCCAAGGUCGAGGCUGCGCCAGGAGGUGAACUUGCCACCAACAUAAAGGCCCUGAAGGAGCAGAUCGCGGACGACACGGCAAAGCUGAAGGAGGCCACCGCGAUAAGAGAGAGGGAGGCAGAGGAAUUCCGCGGCGACGAGAAGGACAUGGUCCAGGCCCUCACCAACCUGAACAACGCCAUCGCUGUGCUGUCCAGGCAUCAGGGCGGCGCCAGCCUGCUGCAGCUGGACGGGCCGCUGAAGGCCAGCAUCCGGUCCGUUCUGCGCGAGGUGACCGUCACCUACGACAUGAUGCUGGGCGAGCGCUCGGCCCGCAAGCGCGGCGGGGCCUCGAUGUCGCUGCUCUCGGUGUCGAGCCGGAACCCGAGCCAGGCGCUCCAGGAGGCUUUGGGCCUGUCCAGCACGGCCGCCCGCGAGCUGCUCCCGGCGGAGCUGGCCGAGAGCGAGCUGGCCCACCGUGCUGGGGAGCUGCGGGGGAGCGACAAGGCUGGCGCCUUCCUCCAGUCUGGCGACAAGAGGCUGCUGCCCACCGCGGGCUCCUACUCGCCCCAAUCGGACACGAUCUUCGGCAUCCUCACGCAGAUGAAGGACGAGUUCGAGGCGAACCUCAGCGACGAGCAGAAGGCGGAGAUGAAGGCAAUCGAGGAUUUCGAGGCGCUCAAGAAGGCCAAAGAGGAGCAGAUCGCGGUCGGCAAGGAGAACCUCGACACGAUGGAGGAGGAGCACUCGGCGAACGUCAAGGCGCUGUCGGACGCCAAGGAGGACCUGCAGCUGACGACGGAGCAGCGCACCGAGGACGUGGAGUACCUGCGCAACCUGCGGCUGACGUGCCAAGACCUGGACCACCAGUGGGAGACGCGCAGCAAGACCCGCGCGGAGGAGACCAAGGCCGUCGCGGAGGCCCUGGCCAUCAUCACCGAGGACGACAACCGCGAGCACCUGAUGGCGACCAUCGCGUUCAUCCAGGAGACGUCCGAGGCGCAGGCGCAGAUGCGCAAGCGCCGCGUGGGCGCCGCUGGCAUCCUGAGGAAGGCAGCCGGGAAUCUGGACCUGGAGACGGACGACCUCCUCGCGGCGUGGCACGGCCGCGGCGGCCCCCAGGUGGAGGGCGCCGGAGGCAGCCCGAGGACGCGGCUGUCCACCCUGGCCGUGAGCGUGGAGAUCGACGACUUUGCGGAGGUGAAGAAGGCGAUGGACAAGAUGAUGGUGGACCUCAAGGCGGAGCAGGCGGAAGAGGUGCAGUUCAAGGCCUACUGCCUGAAGGAGCUGCGGGCGAACGAGAAGCUGAACUACACCAAGACCGAGGAGAAGGAGGACCUGGAGGCCAAGAUCGAGUCGAUCGAGGAGGCCAUCAAGAAAUACACCGAGGAGAUCGAGGAGGCGCAGGCGAAGAUCGCCAGGAACGAGAAGGCGAUGAAGGAGGCGAGCCAGGCGCGCGAGACGGAGUCCGAGGCCCGGGAGCUCCUCAACCAGCUGGGCAGCGCGCCGUCCUACAGGGAGUUCGGCGCGUUGGCCUCCAACACUCGACGUGCCCGUCGGGGGCCAAGUGGGGCGACCUCGGCAGUUUCGAGCCGGGGCAGAUGGUGCCCGAGUUCGACGCUGUCUGCUUCGACGUGGGCCAGCCCCUAG